AUGGACCCCACGCAAGGUCAAACAGCCCACCAAGUCCGCCUUCUCGGCCGCCAAAACCACAUAACCAACACCUCGGGCCUAGCUCCAGGGUAUCUACAAGCCAACCUUCUCAUCCUUCCCUCCAAGCAUGCCGAGGAUUUCCACAAUCUGUGUCUCCGCAACCCAGUCUCCUGUCCCUUACUUGGACUCACCCAGAAGGGCAAUCCCCACAUCAUCUACCCGUCAUCGUGUAUCAAAGACAAGGACUUCGACCUUCGCACGGACUGUCCCAAAUACCGCGUUUAUAAAAAUGGCAAAUAUCUUGAAAGCCGUACCGAUCUCGUGAACCUUUGGACAGACGACUACGUCGGCUUUCUAAUCGGAUGCUCGUUUUCCUUUGAAGAUGCCCUGUCUGACGCGGGCCUGAAACCAAGACACCAAGACACGGGAACGAUUGUUGCCAUGUACAAAACACGCAUUCCAUUGUUGGCUUCGGGGAUCUUUAAGAACGGAACUUGCAUUGUCUCGAUGAGACCCUAUCGCGUGGAAGAUGUAGAGAGAGUUCGGGAGAUCACAAGACCAUUCCUGGCCACGCAUGGGGAGCCUGUUGACUGGGGAUGGGAUGCGCUCGAGCGGUUGGGAAUCAGUGAUAUUGAGAAGCCGGAUUUCGGAGAGAGGCAGAUUUUUGAGGAAGGGGAAAUUCCAGUCUUCUGGGCGUGUGGUGUCACACCUCAGAUGGCAGUAGAGUCGGCAGGAGACCGAAUCGAAGGACUUGUGUUCGCGCAUGAGCCGGCCCAUAUGUUGGUUACGGACUUUACCGUCAAAGACUUGAAGACAUUGGGAAAGUCCCUUUAUAAUUGA